AUGGCAGACCAAGCGAGCCCCGCCAAACAGAAUGCCGCACGGCCUCAGUUGACGAGCUCGAUGAGGAGCAGCUCGUAUCUCAGUGACCACCAGCAAUAUCGCCCUCCUCGACAGGAGCAGUCUCGACAGGACCAGUUCCACGGCAUUGACACCGUUGUGGAAGACUCGGGCAUCUCUGUUCAUGCUCCUGUCCAUCACACCAAGCCAAUCCUGCCCUUCAAUGGCGUUCCCUCUGAUGAGAAUCCUCCGACUGUGGUCGAGAGCGGCCUGAGCCAUUCCUACUCACACCCCAAUUGCGCUCCUCGAGCUGGUCAGAAGUCGGAUCGUCUCAUUGCGACCCUCUUCUACAAGCCGAGGGAAGACCAGGCCUCACGAUCACCUGUCAAGACCACUUUCGCAGACAGCAGUGAGGCCCUGCCUGCCAACCUGGCGCCCACCAACGACCCCAAGGAGUACCCCCUUGAGCCGCCCACUCAGGAAUCUGAGCAGCUGGAUCACAUCUACGGCUCCUACAUCUCGCCGCUAUGCAUCACCUCAUUCCUCCAUCUCAUGUCUUCCUUCCCCCUUCCUCGAGAUGCUGAAGAGCCUUACUCUUCUCACCGGUGCCUCGACAACCAGGAACAGCCGCGCAUUGUUGAGCUGACGCUCUCUCCUGCACCGGCUCCUGAGUACCUUGGGCUCGACGACCUGCGGAAGCAUGAGACGAUUUAUAGGUUCGAGCAGGAGUGGAACGUGGAUGUGAUUCUUCAGCGUGAUACCGUUUGGAGGCGUCACCCGCGUCUGGUCGUCUUCGACAUGGACAGCACCCUCAUCACUCAGGAGGUCAUUGAUCUCCUGGCCGACCACGUUAAGGAUCCCCCAGAUCUGCCUGCUCGAGUUGCUGAGAUUACGCAUCGUGCCAUGAUGGGCGAGCUUGAGUUUGAGGGCUCUUUCCGUGAGCGUGUUGCUCUGCUCAAGGGUCUUCCUGCUACCCUUUUCGAGGAUCUGCGGCCGGUAUUGGACGUUACCAAGGGUGUUCCCGAACUGAUCAGGGCGUUGAAGCGACUUGGUGUCAAGACGGCAGUUCUCUCUGGCGGCUUCCAGCCCCUGACAGGCUGGCUGGCUGGACAGCUGGGCAUUGACUAUGCGCACGCAAACCAUGUGGUCAUUGAAAACGAGAAGCUGACGGGUGAGGUGAAGGGCAUCAUUGUGGGCAAGGAGCGAAAGAGGGAUCUCCUUGUGGAGAUCGCUGCCAAGGAGGGCAUCGACCUGUCUCAGGUUAUCGCCGUUGGUGACGGUGCUAACGACCUGUUGAUGAUGGAGAAGGCAGGACUGGGAGUUGCCUGGAACGCGAAGCCGCGAGUGCAGAUGGAGGCGAAUGCUCGUCUGAACGGAGAGAGUCUGCUGGACCUCCUACACAUUAUUGGCUUUUCUUCUGAAGAGAUUAGGGAUUUGAUUGCCUGA